AUGUACUGGAAAACACCUUCAGACAACCUGAUAUUCAGUAUCAUGAAUGCCGUGAAUCACCUGAAUCACACUUUUUAUGUUCGGAGAAAGCAUCCUCCAACAGACGACACUUAUGAUUGGAUAAAACACAUAGAUCAAGGUGACUGGUUGACAAGUGACGAAAUAAAAAUCACCGUAGAAGGUGGACUAUACACAGAACCCGCAAAUGUCUAUAUUGGAGUUAUUGUAUAUUUAGAGGCCUUAUCGACAAAUACUUCAUUACGGAAACGACGAUCUUUAUCAACAACCAUUGUAGAAUAUGAAAUCACUGGCGCCACAACAGGUUGUAGGGUAUGGGAUACUACUAAUGAAAAGUGGGAUAAAUCGUCAUGUACAGUUUCGUCAUCGUCGACAAUUAAUGAGACUGUAUGUGAAUGCUCCAAUCCACCAGGAAACAGUUUCGCCUCAACGUUUUACGUUCCACCAAACACCAUUGACUUUGGAAGUGUUUUCAACAAAUUUGAUCUAAAAAAUAAUGCGGCAGUGUUUGCAACUGUAUUAUCUCUCGUUAUGAUUUACCUUUUGAUUUGUGUAUGGGCAUUUCGGCAAGACAGAAGAGAUCAUUUGAGGUGGGCUUUAUCUUACCUUAUUGACAAUGGACCAUAUGAUGAAUACCUCUACAUUAUAACUGUGUACACAGGUCUACAUAGGAAUGCAGGAACCAAGUCCAAUGUUAAUUUUCUCAUAAUUGAUGGUGAUCCAAAAACCAGGAAAACUGUCUCUUCUGAAAUUCGAAUCUUGGACGACGGAACAAAUCAAUAUCAAACCACUUGUUAG